GCAGCGGCUGCAGCUGCAGCUAGAGUCCAAGGUGUCGGCAGCACCGUAGACGCCCCCUCACGGUUCCCCCCUCCCCCUCUGCUCGUCUGUCGCGCCUACCCGCCCCCUCCCUCCCGGGCUCUGCUGUCCUACUCCACAGAAGCUUUCCCUCAGACUCUUAUCCCCUCUUUCAAGGAGCCCCGCGCUCGCGAGAGCCCCUCAAAGAACUCUCUGUCUCCCCACCUCCUCCCCCAGAGGCCACCCGAGCUCCUCACAUCUCUGACCCUGGGAGCACGCACCCCCCCCUCAGCCGAGUCGCCUAGCUCCCUCCGCCUCCCCCCUAUCCGACUCCCCCCACGGUCGCUGACCACCACCCCCACCCCCGCCCGGUCCUGAGGGACUCCCCGGCGCGAGCGGGGUGGGGAGGCGCCGAGAGAGCGGCGGCGGCGGCGGCGGCGGCGGCGGGAGGGAGAAAGUGAAGCGUCCGCUAGUGCACUCGCGCGCUCACUCCCGGGCUCGGCCGCCGCCUCCGAGCAGGAGAAGGAGGAGGAGCCGAGUCGAGCCGAACGUGCGCGGAAGAGAUUGAGAUGGACAUGAGGAAGGCUUUGGGCUGCUGCCUGGGCAUCCACAUUCACGAGAACUUAGAAAUGCAGAGGGACCAAAUGCCAUGCCUGACCUAGAUGAAUCCAGUAGCUGCUGCUGGUGCUGACAAUGUCGAAUAACGGCCUAGAUAUUCAAGACAAACCCCCAGCCCCUCCGAUGAGAAAUACCAGCACUAUGAUUGGAGCUGGCAGCAAAGAUGCUGGAACCCUAAACCACGGUUCCAAACCUCUGCCUCCAAACCCAGAGGAGAAGAAAAAGAAGGACCGAUUUUACCGAGCCAUCUUACCUGGUGAUAAAACAAAUAAAAAGAAGGAGAAGGAACGGCCAGAGAUUUCUCUUCCUUCAGAUUUUGAGCACACGAUUCACGUUGGUUUUGAUGCUGUCACAGGCGAGUUUACAGGGAUGCCAGAGCAGUGGGCCCGCUUGCUUCAGACAUCAAAUAUCACCAAGUCGGAGCAGAAGAAAAACCCGCAGGCUGUCCUGGAUGUAUUAGAAUUUUAUAACUCGAAGAAGACCUCCAACAGCCAGAAGUACAUGAGCUUUACAGAUAAAUCAGCUGAGGAUUAUAAUUCUUCUAACACUUUGAACGUGAAGACGGUGUCUGAGACCCCUGCAGUGCUACCAGUUUCAGAAGAUGAAGAUGAUGAUGAUGAUGCUACCCCACCUCCAGUGAUUGCUCCACGCCCAGAGCACACGAAAUCUGUAUACACACGGUCCGUGAUUGAACCACUUCCUAUUACUCCAACUCGGGAUGUGGCUACAUCUCCCAUUUCACCUACUGAGAAUAAUACCACUCCGCCAGAUGCUCUGACCCGGAAUACUGAGAAGCAGAAGAAGAAGCCUAAAAUGUCUGAUGAGGAGAUCUUGGAGAAAUUACGGAGCAUAGUGAGUGUGGGUGAUCCUAAGAAGAAAUACACACGGUUUGAGAAGAUUGGACAAGGUGCUUCAGGCACUGUGUACACUGCAAUGGAUGUGGCCACAGGACAGGAGGUGGCCAUUAAGCAGAUGAACCUUCAGCAGCAGCCGAAGAAAGAGCUGAUUAUUAAUGAGAUCCUGGUCAUGAGGGAAAACAAGAACCCAAAUAUUGUGAACUACUUGGACAGUUACCUCGUGGGAGAUGAGCUAUGGGUUGUCAUGGAAUAUUUGGCUGGAGGUUCUUUGACAGACGUGGUAACAGAAACCUGCAUGGAUGAAGGCCAGAUUGCAGCUGUGUGCCGUGAGUGCCUGCAGGCUUUGGAGUUUCUGCAUUCGAGCCAAGUUAUUCAUAGAGACAUCAAGAGUGACAACAUCCUGUUGGGAAUGGAUGGCUCCGUCAAGCUAACUGACUUUGGAUUCUGUGCCCAGAUCACCCCAGAGCAGAGCAAACGGAGCACUAUGGUGGGAACACCGUACUGGAUGGCACCAGAGGUUGUGACACGGAAGGCCUAUGGGCCUAAGGUUGACAUUUGGUCCCUGGGCAUCAUGGCCAUCGAAAUGAUUGAAGGGGAGCCCCCAUACCUUAAUGAAAAUCCUCUGAGAGCCUUGUACCUCAUCGCCACCAAUGGGACCCCGGAGCUUCAGAACCCAGAGAAGCUGUCAGCUAUCUUCCGAGACUUUCUGAACCGCUGUCUUGAAAUGGAUGUGGAGAAGAGAGGUUCAGCUAAAGAGCUGUUGCAGCAUCAGUUCCUGAAGAUUGCCAAGCCCCUCUCCAGCCUCACUCCACUGAUUGCUGCCGCAAAGGAGGCAACCAAGAACAAUCACUAAAACCACGUCACCCCAGCUUCAUUGUGCCACGCCUUCUGUGAAGUAAAUGCUCAUUUCGGAAAUUCCAGCCCCUGUUGCUCUUCCUUGUCUUGCUCCUCCCCUUUCCUGAUCUAGUGCUCUCAAGACUUUGAUCCUUGAAAACCAUGUGUCCAGCAUCGAAGAGAACUGCAGUUGACUAAUCGGAUGAUGGCCAUUUUAAAAUAAGGAAUUUGCUCCCAAUCUGUGGAUGUGAGGGUGGUUUAUGAUCAAGGGCUUAUAUGAAUAAACCCUUGGACUCCUGUUUCUACAUAGCAGAAUCCUUCCUCCACCCAUCAGUUCUUGACUGUAUAAAUUUUUGGCUUUAUAAUAUUAUCAAUUUGCAGUCGGUUGAGAUUUUUCUUUAGUGCUUGCUUUUCUAUUUCAAAACUGCCCAAACACACUAUUGUACUUGAAAAUUGGAAUAACUUGAGAAAUGCCAUGGAGGUUGAUAUUCUUCCAGGGACAUGAAAUGGCUCUUUUUUUUCUGGACCAUGACUUUGGCACAGCUGAUCCUGAUGUGGGAGGGAGAGCUACCACAUUUUUCUUUGAGUACGCUUCUAGCAGCUGUGUGGGAGGAUCUUGACCUAAUAGUGUUCCCCACGCUAUUUCCUGUGAAAUGGUCUUGGCUGUGUAGCAGCUUUUGACUCCCUAAAUCCCCCUAGGCUGCUGCCCUCAUUCUGUCCUUGUUUAGAACGUUGAGAGGUUUCCUAGAGCACAUGCUGGGUGAGAGCCGUGUGAAAAGUCAGGAAAAAAAAUGUAGCUGCUUUUAGAACAAGGCUGGGCAUCAGCACCUGUCCAGCUAUACCUAUGUGAUGUUUCAAGAACUCAGCCUCUUUUUCCAUCAGCAAUAAAGAGCUAAAAGAUUAACUCAGAUCUUCUGAUGGCCUGAAUCUUUGGGUCAAAGGGAACGAUCUCCAAAUCUGAGGCUACGUGUUAGUUUUGGAUGGAUUUGUUGGCCUGAGAUGAUAGUCUGCCAGCUGUGAGGGGACCCUGUUUUUACAAUGCAUGGCCAAGCUCUCUGCAAAUGGAAAUGCCUGCACUGGGUGUUGGGGAUGUUUGCUACCUCCUGCUAUCUUUGUGGUUUUGGUCCUCCCAUUAUGGUAGGACCCCUGGCCAGCAUUAUGGCUUGUCAUGUCAGCCCCAAUGGCUACCUUGUCAUGCUCUGAGGUACUACUGCCUCUGCAGCACAAGUUUUAUUUCCUUCAAUAAAAGGAGAUGAAAAUAUU